AUGGCUUCCGCAAUUACUCACCAGCCUCACUUUGUUCUUAUACCACUCAUGGCACAAGGCCACAUGAUCCCCAUGAUAGACAUGGCCAGGCUCUUUGCAGAGCGUGGCGUUAUUGUAAGCUUGGUGACAACCCCAUACAAUGCCUCAAGAUUUCAAAGAGCUAUCAACCAAGCAAGAGGGGAUGGCCUCCCGUUUCGCCUUGUUCAGCUCGAAUUUCCAUGCCAAGAAGUUGGACUUCCUGCAGGAUACGAGAACCUUGACAUCCUCCCCUCAAGAGACCUACUCAGAAAGUUCUACAAAGCUCUUAGCAUGCUCCAAAAACCACUCGAAAAACACCUCGAGAAAGAAACCCCCCCUCCAACUUGCAUUAUAUCUGACAAGUGCCUCUCUUGGACAUCCAUCACAGCUCAAAACUUCAACAUCCCACGGCUUGUUUUUCAUGGGAUGGGCUGCUUCUCACUUUUGAGCUCCCAUAACAUUAAACUUCACAAUGCUCACAAUUCUGUCACUUCUGACUCAGAACCCUUUGUGAUCCCGGGACUCCCCCAUAGAAUUGAGAUAACAAAAGCUCAGCUGCCGGGAGCUUUUGUUACCCUGCCUGACUUGGAUGAUUUCCGAAACAAGAUGCAAGAGGCUGAAUCAACCGCCUAUGGGGUUGUGGUGAAUAGUUUCCAUGAAUUAGAGAGUGAGUACAUUGCGGAGUACGAGAAGGCUAUUAAGAAGAAGGUGUGGUGUGUCGGGCCUGUUUCUUUAAGUAACAAGGAGAACUCAGACAAGUUUGAGAGAGGUAAUAAAGCCUCGAUUGACGAACAACUUUGCAUGGGAUGGCUUGACUCGAAGAAACCAGGGUCGGUUAUUUAUGCGUGUCUAGGUAGCCUUUGCCGCCUGGUUCCGGCACAAUUAAUAGAGCUUGGACUCGGCCUAGAAGCAUCAAAUCAGCCGUUUAUAUGGGUGAUCAAAACAGGAGAUCAAAGAUAUAUGGAGGAGCUGGAGGAGUGGUUGGUGAAGGAAAGAUUUGAGGAGAGGAUCAAAGGGAGGGGGCUUUUGAUCAAAGGAUGGGCUCCACAGGUGCUUAUUUUGUCUCAUCCAGCCGUUGGAGGGUUCAUAACACAUUGUGGAUGGAACUCAACGCUAGAGAGUGUGUGCUCUGGUGUGCCGAUGAUAACAUGGCCUCUCUUUGCCGAGCAGUUCUUCAAUGAAAAACUGGUCGUCGAAGUUUUGAGGAUUGGGAUUAAGGUGGGCGUCGAGAUCCCUGUGAGAUGGGGGGAUGAAGAGAAAGUUGGGGUGUUGGUGAAAAAAGAUGGAGUUGAGAAGGCAAUAGCCAUGCUGAUGGAUGGGGGAGAAGAAGGCGAAAAGAGAAGAGAGAAAGCAAGAGAGCUUGGGGAGGUGGCAAAGAGGGCACUGGAGAAAGGAGGUUCUUCUCAGUUAAACAUGUCAUUCUUGAUCGAAGAUAUAACAAAACAAUCCACCCAUGACAAGGCGUAAGUAUAUAUAUAAAAAUAAUAAUUAACUAUGUUAUUAUAUUGAUCAAUUAUUCAUGAGUGGAGAUCAGAUUCAAUGGGAUUAUUACUUUCAUGAUUUUCUCCAUUAAUUAAAAUAAAUUUCCUGUAUUGUGUUAUUUAUUUUG